AUGAGGCUGUUUGAACAGAAAUUGACGUAUCUAUAUGGAAAGAUACAUGGAUGCAAGUUCAUUACACCUAUGGAGACAUACAAGAUCGAGAAGCUGAAUGUCAGUGCAGGGAUGCAUCCGGCGAGAUACAGAGACGGUGUUGAGAUAUUCUAUGUUGCGCCAAUAUUCAACAGCUACUUGGCUUCAAGAGAGGAGAAUGUGUGCAUUCUGUUUUCUGUGGACGGAAAGAUGACAAUAACACGAGACGAUGUGUCGGAGGGCGUGCUGUACACGUUCAAAAUACUGAGGGAAACAGACGAUCUGAGAGAAGCAGAGAUAUACAAGUCUAAUGCGUUGCAUCCGGGAUUUAGGACACGGGGUGAGAUGAAGUGGAAGGAUGACGAGAAUGGAAACAGAAGGUGCUUUGUGGAGACGAAGUACGGAGAAGGAUAUUUGGUGCCACAGAAUAAUCGUGAAGAUACGAGUAUAGAAGUAUUAUUAUUCAAAAAGGGCCGGCAUCUUCAUUUUGUGCAGGUUGGAGAUCCGGUGAGUGGAGUGGUAAGCAUGACUGUGAGCGGAGAGUUGUGCGGUGGAAGAUAUCUGGUGAAGGACCGGAAUGUGAAAGGGCUGAUGAGAGGCAAUGGCAGGCAUGCAGUUGGAGAUGUGGUGAAGUGUGUGGUCAAGGAAGUCAAUCUAGGAAGCUACUUGUUUGAUGAAUAUGUUGAGCUGAAGGCUGGCGACCUGAUUGAAGCAAAAGUCAAGCGGUAUGAGAAGAAGAAGAUUUGCGUUGAGUAUGAGGGGAAAGAGGGAUAUGUGGUUGUUGAGGAAGGAAAGCGAAGAAGAUACGGAGAUGUGGUUCGUGGGAUAGUCUGCGAUGUAGAAAGCAAUGUGUUUGUGAUGAAGAUUGAGAAGAAGGAGGACGCAAGCAGUAGAGACAAAUGUUUGAACAAUAAGCAGGAUGGUAAUGAAGAAAGUUUUAAGAAGCACAAAGAGCAGAAAAAACGAGAGAUGAGAGAUAGGAAUGGAUAUAUCAGAUCACGAAUUGAUUUGUCAGUACCAUUUGACAUUGAAGAUGUAUUGGAUCAGGAUGUUGCAGAGGUAGUAGUUGAGGAUUCAAAGACAUUGGGGGCCGAAAGGAAGAGAAAGAGUGUGAUGAACGAGGACGACAUUGUGAUGGAGAUCAAAGCACAUCCGGGCUUAGCGAUGCCUGUUAUCAAGCAUAUGCAGUAUAAGAUUGAGAUUGAUGAGCAUGAUGCGCCAAGGCAGAUAUUUGACGAACAUGUUGCAAGGAUGGAGGGAGACGAAAAGGAUAAGCUAUGCAUUGCAUAUGUGAAUUACCUUGUGUUUGCUAAUGAUGAGGGAUGGAUGAAGACUGUUUCUAGGCUUUCUAAGAUAUGCAGCCCGAAGUUUCUGGAGGUUGUGGCAUUGAAUACAGACGAAGAGGAUGUUUUGAAGCUGUAUUUUGAGGAAGAUGCAACAAGAAGGUCGUUUGGAAUGUAUUUGGAGAAGCUGCUCAAGGAAAACGAGAAUAGGGGAAUUGCGCUUGUAGAAAGCCAUUUGGAGUUCCUGCCAGCAUCGAUUGGCCUGAUAUAUAAGUACUGUGGGAAUCCAAGGAUGAUUGUGGAGAGGCUUAUUACAGAUAGGAAGGAUGUAUGGAUUGCAUAUAUCAAGAAUGAGUCUGGAGUGUAUCUAAGGAGUCUUUACAGAAGAGUGGUGGAGAAGAAAUGGAAGGUAAAGGACAUGAAAGACUUUUACAAGAUGUGGCUGGAGUAUGAGAAAGAAAAUAGUGGAAAUGUUGAGGAGGUUAAGCUUAGGGCCCAGGAGUAUGUUGAUAAAGUUAAGAAAGGCCAGUGCUAA